AUGUGGGCAAAGUCUAGAUCAGCAGCUUCAAAGAUCAAGAAAGAUGGCAAGGAACUGAGAGAUGCCCACAAGAGCUUAAAUGUCAACGAGGAGUACCUUAGUGCAUUAAGAACCAAAUCCUAUGGUGAAUUCUUCACUAAAGCUCAAUUAGUGGUAAACCAGCCAUCCUUUCCAUCAUGUUGCCACCAUGAAUUCUCUGAAGUUCUUCUCGAACCAGGUCAAGAAACGAUAAUGACUGUUCUUGAUUCUGCAAUUCUUUCAAAGAUACCUGAAUUAAAAGUCCUUAUGCUCAUGUACUUUGACAUCAGUGCUGAGGCUUCAAACAUCUGCAGCCACCUCCUCAAAAGCAUCAACUCUGUCCAAUCUAACUACCAAUUCAUCCAACGUGCACUUGAUACCUUUGAUGAUUACUCUCCCGACCAACUCAAACUGAUUAUUUCAGAGCUAAAGGCGUUCAUCAUCCUAAACAACCCGUUUUCCAAUCCUGACAAGCAUGAUUUUAAGCAGAUAAACAACAAGUACUCAUCCCUGCUGAACCACCUGAAGACAAUGAGAAAAAAGGUGGCAAGAAAACUCAAGCUGAUAAAGUAUUUCAAGAAGGCAUUUGAGAUAUGCAUAACCGCAGCCAGUGGCUUGAUAGCAGUUGCAGCCAUUGUUCUGGCAUUUCACAUUCUUGCCGCACUGCUCCUGGCCGGGCCUGCACUUUUCAUCAGCUUCCCCAUGAAGCGCUCAAAGAGGAUCAAGAUGUUGAGCUUUGGAUUCUUAAGAAGUGGGAUUCUCAGCAAAGUGAGGGAGCAGAUUGAUGUAGCAGCAAAGGGAACGUAUAUUUUGAACAGAAGUUUGGACACAGUGAGUAGACUUGUGGCUAGACUUCAUGACGAGGUUGAACACAAGAAAUCAAUGAUACAGUUCUUUUUGGAGAGGCGAGACGAUAAAUUUUCUCUGCAAGUAGUGAAGGAGAUUAAGAAAAGUGAUGUAGGGUUCAGGAAGCAAGUGCAGGAGCUUGAAGAGCAUGUAUAUUUGUGCCUUGUCACCAUUAAUAGGGCUAGAGCCUUGUUUAUUAAGGAGAUGACCUCAUGA